UUGGAGAUGUGAAAAAAAGGAGGAGGAGGGGGGGAGGAGGAGGAGGAUAAGGAAAAACACUAAAGGGGUAGCUAUGGAGAUAGAACGUUUGGCUGGCUGCUUUCUUUGACAGGUGUUGAGUGGGGUAAAAGUCUUAAAACAGAAUCCAGCAUGUACGCUAAAGGUAAAGGAGCUGUCGUCCCUUCCGAUAGCCAAGCGAGAGAAAAGUUAGCUUUAUAUGUGUAUGAGUAUUUGCUGCACGUCGGUGCACAGAAAUCAGCACAGACCUUCCUGUCAGAGAUCCGAUGGGAGAAGAACAUUACACUGGGGGAGCCCCCUGGAUUCCUUCACUCAUGGUGGUGUGUAUUCUGGGAUCUGUACUGCGCUGCUCCAGACCGGAGGGAGACAUGUGAACAUUCCAGCGAGGCCAAGGCUUUCCACGAUUAUAGUGCAGCUGCUGCCCCUAGUCCGGUGAUGGGUAACAUGCCCCCCAACGAUGGCAUGCCUGGUGGACCCAUGCCCCCGGGCUUCUUUCAAGGACCUCCCGGCUCCCAGCCGUCACCCCACGCACAGCCACCCCCACACAACCCCAACAACCCCAUGAUGGGACCUCAUGGCCAGCCUUUCAUGUCCCCAAGGUACCCAGGUGGACCUCGCCCCUCACUCCGCAUGCCAAAUCAGCCCCCUGUGGGAGUCCCAGGGUCACAGCCUCUCCUGCCAAACAGCCUGGACCCCACCAGACCACAGGGACAUCCAAACAUGGGCGGCCCGAUGCGGAUGAAUCCCCCCAGAGGGAUGGGUGGCAUGGGCCCACAGAACUAUGGUGGUGGAAUGAGGCCUCCUCCCAACUCCAUGGGGCCAGGAAUGCCAGGGAUGAAUAUGGGUCCUGGAGGUCGAGGUCCCUGGCCCAAUCCCAACGCAAACUCAAUAGCCUAUUCCUCGUCAUCUCCUGGCAACUAUGUGGGUCCUCCAGGGGGCGGAGGCCCACCAGGUACUCCCAUCAUGCCUAGCCCAGGAGACUCCACAAAUUCCAGUGAAAAUAUCUACACAAUGAUGAAUCCUAUUGGCCCUGGUGGUAACAGGCCUAAUUUCACAAUGGGGCCGGGCCCUGAUGGCCCAAUGGGUGGAAUGGGAAGCAUGGAGCCACACCAUAUGAACGGAUCGCUAGGCUCUGGUGACAUGGAUGGGUUGCCAAAGAAUUCUCCCAACAACAUGGCAGUCAUGAACAACCCUCCGGGAACUCCGCGGGAUGAUGGGGAGAUGGCAGGGAACUUUUUAAACCCAUUCCAAAGUGAAAGUUAUUCACCCAACAUGACGAUGAGUGUGUGAUUUUAUUUUUUAUUUUAUUUUUCUUUAUUUUCUUUCUUUUUUUAUCUCUCCCCCUUUCCCUCCCACCCCGCUGCAUCUUGCGUUUCCCUCUCCUCUCCCCCCCCCCCCUCUCCUCUCCUCUCCUCCCCUACUCUCCCUCCUCCUCCACCCUGGAUGGCAUGCUGUGUUUCGCAGCCCCCUGGGAUGUCACUGGAUCGCAGGAUUCCCAUCAAGGCCACCCAUCCCAGUGUUUGCAAAGUGGGGGUUCAGGGCAGGAAACAGUCUCAGAGCCACAGGAAGAGCCAACUCAGUGAUUCUUCCUGCCUGCCUGGCUUCCUCACAGGCCCAGGACAGUGAAAAUGGGGGACUCUGUCUGUCUGGCUGUCUGCAGGAACUCCCCUCAACAACAGGCCUUUCAGCAUCAAGGCUGGUGGCUCCACUCUACUCAAUAAUUGUAUUCUUAUUUUAUUGAAAUGUUGUUUUUGCAUGCAGCAGUUGAGUGAGAGGUUCAAAGCUCACCCUCAUUCAAUUCCUGUGUCCUUUUGUUGAAAUGAAAAGCUGAACUGGUGAUAUAUUAGGGCAAGAACAGUUUUCAUGAUAUGUUUGUAUUUUAUGAAUAAUAUUAUUGUUAUAAUUUUCAUAAUUGAUAUUGCUAUAAUGUUGUAGUUUUGAUUUCCUGUUAAUGGCACAUUGUAUCUCAACAACAUCCACAACAGAAUGAGCACACACUCAAAAAAUGCACAAUGACACUUCUGUUUACAUGAUUUUAGGUAUUGGAUGUUUCUUGUUUGUUUUAUUUGUCUCAACCCCCUACACAUACCUCUGUCUUCUGUUCUUCGCAGAAUUUGUGGCCAGUGUCUUUACUACCAGAAAAAUAUGGCAGAAAAAAUGUAAACACUCAAGCAGGGUGUGAUAGGAAUACAAGGAUAGCUGUUUGAAAUCGCUCUUAUCUAAGAAUUAUCCUUCCUAAAACUCCCAUCCAUCCAUCCAUCUAUCCAUGUUAGCAUGGGAGUUCCCCAAAACUUCUGAAUGUGAAAAGGGUGGCGAUCUCAGAAACGUCUUUAUCUUUUGGUACUCAAUAGUCUGUCAAUCUACAUGUCUGGUCACACACACCCCUCCCAAAAUGUAAUGUCAUAAUAUAUGUAUUUCUACAGGCUUGUUACUGUGCAAGGAGGGACUGAUCGAAUGUAAUUUGGACAGUUGCUCCUAAUUCUACUUUCAGUUCAGGUGGCUUGGAACAAUAAUGUUUCUGUCUUGCGACCAGUGUCCUUCCUAUUCAGUAAAGAGAAAGGGUUUUUAGACCCUCUAUGCUCUUCUAUGGCUUUGUUCUUGCCUGUAAAUACAACAUAUUGAGCUUGUAUUGUGCUUGUUUAUUUGUUGUUUUGAUAUACAACUUGAGAAUCCUGAAAGUGGUUUCUUCUCCUGCAUUGAUUUCACUGUUACCCUUCAUACAAACUCAAGGCUCAAUGUUAUUUUACUGAUCUGAUCCCGUGAUACAGGCCCCUUGCUACUGGUUUCCAUGUUGUCUUUGGUGUACAAACCUCUAGCUGCUUCCUUCCAGUUAGGGUUGACCUCACAGGUCCUUAUGAUCCGGUGUCUGACCCCUCUCACAUGCAACCAUAGUUUAGCGAGGGGCAAAAGGCGUCCACAUGCUUCCAAUCUGAAACCGUUCGAUUGAGUUUGUGCAUAUAUUAUGACAUUUUGUAAAAAAAAAUAUUUAAAAAAGAGAAAUAGUGCACCAAACAUCUUUGUUAGAUGUAAAAUUGCACGACUAAGAUCUCCUCGGCAAAAACAUAAAACAUAUUGACAAAUUUCUUGAGUUAUCUAAGAUGAAUUCUUACUAUUUUGAGGAAGUGUAUACUGGCUACAGCGUCUCAAAAUGGACAAACCUUACUAUUGCCGCAAAGGUAUUUUUGUUAUAGAGUAUGAGAUCACACUCGUUCGGUUCGGCUAGCCGAGUUCCACUAGGUGCCAGCCGAACUGAAGCAUGCUGACGCCUUAACACCACAGAGCUCCCAUCCACCAGUUCCCUCUGUGGGUCUAGGCCUAUCCAUGGGCUGUUAGAUCCUGUGUUUGGGGGGGCUGUAGCACCACUGGUGAUGGGAGUGUGAAAUGACUGGAGUGACUACACGGUGGGGCUUCACUCUCCCGCUACAAAUAAGGAGUGCUCUACAGAGCAUAGAGUACCUUUAAUUCCACCUGCUCACCUCAAAUACAUACUUUGAGAAAUGAGACAAUUCUACCUGGUUGGACUGAAUUGUGAGUCAAACUAUUUCUUUUAUUCUAGUUUAUUUGUUUGAUAUUGUUUGAAUUUCUAUUAAGUGUAUUUAAGAUGAUUUUUUUUUUAAAGCCCAUAGAAUCUGCACACCUAAGGAAAGACUUUGCCUAAGGCUGUUCCUCAAACUUUCAUAUGAAAUGGUUAUUAAUCCAAGGGGUUCAACUCUCUUGCGGAGACGUGUUGUGCUUUUUUGAAAAAAAGUAAAGUUACAUAUUUUUGUUCUUAUUUAAAAUCAUUCUGGCCUCUGUCUGUGAUUGGUCUUUUGCCAGUGACCUUGCUAUAGUGUUGGCAGAUCCGGUAUGGAGUAGCUUGGAUUCGGAGCUAAACAGGUCCAUCUUCUGGGUAGGUUGUCUUGAGGAAUGACUCGCUCCAGUGUUCCUCUAGCAGACUGACUGGCACACAGCCCUCUGUCCCACACCCGCCCCCUACAGCCCCAUCCUCACUCUUGAGCCCUCCUUUCCUUUAAUUUCCUUUUUGUAAAUACUGUAUAAUGCAUUUUGAUAUCAUUGACAUGUUUUGAUAUGUCAGUCACUACCAAUGAAUACAGCUUAAAGUAAAUUAUAAGUGAACUGUCCAUGUUUUCAUAAUAAAGAGACGAUGUGCUUGACAUUUGAUUUAAGUUGGCUAAAAACAAAAUUGUGGUAAAAAUUAAAUAUUUAUGUAUAUUUACUUGAACAUGUGAACAUGCAGUAACUGCAUCCUAAACACUAUUGUUUCUGGUCAGUAAACAUGUAGGAAAUGUGAAAACAAUCUACUGUUAAUUUAGCUGUAAGGACAGAGAGAGGUGAAGGGGAUGUCUGAUGUCAUUGAUACAGUUUAUUCUUGCAACUACAGCGUCCUCACUCUGUCCUUGACCCCUGUUGCCAAUGGAAAUAAUCUCAAAUGAGUUCUAAGAAUGAUUAUUGCCUACUCAAAGGCCAUCGUCUCGUUAACAUGUGACCACAUAUUACAGUUUUUAAUAUGAAGGAUUUUUAUCAAUUUAAGACAAACUUUUAAAAGGAAAAAAGACUAAAGGAACCUAAUUUUAAAUUGAAAGACUAGAUAAAAGUGAAACUUAUGGGGGAAAACUGUGUCCUUGCUAUUACUCCUGAUGAAAUAGCGUUGUAAAGAUUGAUGCUCACUGAUCCUCUCUCAGUCCUCUGUGUAAUACAAUUGUUGGCCAUCUCUGUACUUAUAUUGUGAUAUAUAAUACUGUAACAUUAGAAGGGGGGGGGGGGGUCGAAGGGGAAGGAAAAAAAUAUUAUCCUGUAUCGUUCAUUGUCCUUUCUGACGACUUGGCAGUAUUCUAUAUGAAGCAGUCUGUCUCUUGGGUUUGCUUUGUAUUUCAUGGUAGGAUAGUUCAGAUCUUGUCUUAGGGACUUAGAUGUCUUGUGUAGGUAAUAAAGAUGUCCUUUGUAUGUUUCUUUAUAUUGUAAAGUUUCUUUAGACUGAAAGAAUAAAAUAUUUGCUUAUCAAAAGAAACGACUGCAUCAAUAAUAAAUGUAAUUUGAUUUUU